UGUCACCGUAGUCCCACGUCAAUAAGGCACCUACUUCGUACUCAACAGUCAUCACCAACACUACCUUACCCUACCACUGUACGCACUCUCCUCGACAUCGUCAUCACGACACCCAGCGCGUACUCCAAAGCGAUGAUUUGAUCCUUUGUCUUUCAAAGCCAUAUCAGCGCCGAAUACGUUCAACUUUCUCGUCCAAACUCAAGAGAAUGCCUGCGCUUCAGAGCCUCUUGACCUUCCCAAGAUCAAACGUUCCAUCUCCCCGUUCCGCCGUGGCGUAGUGCCGGCAUGAAGACUGAGAACAAACCGGACCCCGUCCAAAGUCUAGUGGUAUGAGAAUUUUCUAGCUCUUCCUCAGCUCAAGGCCCGCUACACAUGAACAUUUUGUCGAGUCGGCACGUAACUUCAACGAGUCGGAGGUAAACAUUGACGUCAGGCUAACUCAUCGUCAGGACGCGUUCCACAGUCUGCUCGACGAGGCUCUCAUAGUUGCAAUUGCUGGCGACUACAAUCUCGCUGAUCCAAAGGCCUACGAUGCAGCCAAAGCCACUCUCGAGGGCCUGGCGCAAAGCGUGCCGUCCGAGGAAGCUACCGGCUUCAACCCCAGCGGCAUUCCCAUCGCGCCGGAAGGCGACAGUGACGGACUGAAGGACGAGCCAACGACGACGCCCAGCGUCAGCCACCCGGCUUCCCAGACCAAUGCAACCGAUCCGUCAAGCAUAGGCUCGGCCGCGGUAGACUGCUCGGCUGCCAUCCCCCGUCUCACGACGUUUGACAAUGACAGCGAAGAGUCUAAGUUGCUCUUGCUGCAGUCAAUGUUCGCCGACCUCAAGCCAUAUGACGUCGAGUACUCUCUCAAGAAGGCCAAUGGUGACGUUCAGACUGCCUUGGACGACCUUCUCAACAUUCAGUACCUCACCUCCACAGGUCAGCAGAUGAAGGGUAUAGACGGUUUUUUCACGCCUGAAGACGCGACUGCCUCCAAGGGAAAGCGGAAGAAGAAGGGUAAGAAAGCUCCAAAUCCAGGAUCGGAUUUGGCCGACACCACGCCUCCCAACCUCGAGACCAAUGGUCAAGAUGACAUCCAGUAUAUCGCCGAAAGGUUCGGUAUGCGCUCAGAGGAAGUGUCGGAAGCGUACCAUAAAUGCGACCGCUCCAAAGGCGCAACGGCUGUCGAACUCCUGGACCAGUUUCUGUCCCACGGGAUCGAGACUCAAGACGAGGCAGGCAAAGAACAUGCAGAGGCGAUGACACGCAAAUACCGGCACGUUCCCGAAAAGUACAUGCCCACCAUCGUUCACGUCGCCGGGUCGAUUCCGCAGUUUGCCGACGAUCUGGCCUCGCUGCUCAACCGGCAUUUUACAAAGCAGCCAAAGGCACAGAAGCUAGGUCUGACUUAUAGACUGACGCCGCUGCCGCGAGAUGGGAUCGAGGGCGCUGAUGUCCCGGCGCCCACUUCCAAGGCUGCUGGACAGGUGGGGAUGCUCGCCACAAAAGCUCCCGCUGUCCCGUCCAUGGACUAUUCGCAGGCUGUUCAGGCGGCAAAUAGCUACCACCAAGCUCGGGUAGAUGCGCUCUCUUCCGCGGCCCAGUUCCAUCGGAGAGGUGCUUCGAGCCCGCUGUACAGGCAGGCCGCCUCGUACUACACCGACCGUGCCCGCGAGCAGGCCAGGUACGCUCAACAGGCUACUGCCACAGCCGCGGACCUGCUGGUGGAGGAGCAGAGCACAUCGAACUCGAUCGACCUGCACGGCGUCGUGAUCCAGGACGGCGUGAGGAUUGCGCGUCAGAAAACGCAGGACUGGUGGCAGGGGCUCGGCGAGUUCAGAAGCAAAAAGGCCAGGGAGCAGGGCGGCUUCACCGUCAUCACAGGCCUCGGCCGCCAUAGCACUGGCGGCGUCUCGCAGCUGAGACAGGCCGUCGCCGCGGCCCUCCUGCAGGACGGGUGGAAGUUUCAUGUAGAGACGGGCAAAUUUGUCGUGACUGGACGUCGUUGAUGGUGCCCGUGCCCCCUUUUGCGGAGAAGUUGAGGGGUUCUGGGGCGUGGCAUGGCAUGGAAUGUUUUUGAGUACAUGGUUUCUGGCAUAGCGGAUGGGCUGGAGUAGAGGUCAGGAUAGACGUGAUACCAACUGUAGAGGAGUUUACUGGAAAGUCUACCC